CACACCUACUAGGAUUUGUUUGCAUUUGAGCCACGCCUGCAGACUUGCAUCUUUUUGAAGUCAUAUCAUGGAUUUAGAGGGAUUAACUAAUGAAAGUUCCAAGAAAGGAUGUGAUACAAAGGAUUUAAUCUCAGUUGUGAAUGAGCUCAGCCCAUUUUACCAAGGCCCCAAAGAAGAUUUGAAGUUUUUGGAGACUUUCCUGCAUUCCAGCGAGUUUCAGCAAUUAAUGAAAAUACACAGCAAAGUGCAAGAUGUUCCACCAAGGGAUAAACCAAACCAAUCGCUCACAAUACUUCAUAUGGUACUGUAUGACUUGGAAGAGACUUAUUCAAGUGAUGCUGUGUGUGCAGAAUUAUACAAAUGUUUAAACUCAGUUCAUGUGCAUUCAGCAAUUAUGGCUUAUGAUAAAAUCUUAAACAAAGACUAUGCUCCGAUUCCUAUACAUCCAGGUGAUUAUAAGAAGCAGGAAGAGAAAGAUCCAAUAAUAACCGUGAGAGUAGACAAGGAGGAUAAUGAGCCAUUGGGUAUAACAGUGAAAUCAGAUUCAAAUGAUAACGUGAUAAUAUCUCGUAUCAUUCAUGGGAAAGUUGCUGAUCGUUGUGGUAUUCUUAGAGUUGGAGAUAUUAUACAUGAAAUUAAUGGAUACAGUGUUUAUGGAAAGACCAUUGAUGAUAUUGCUGAUGAAAUGUCAAAACUGAGUGGAACAAUAGUAUUUAAAAUAUCGUCUCCACAAGAAUAUCGUUUGCCACAAGUAAGGCAUCAGCCUGUGACUUAUGUGAAAGCGUUAUUCUCUUAUAAUCCUGAUACUGAUGCUGAUUUACCCUGUGCUGAAGCUGGGCUGCUCUUUAAUAAAGGAGACAUCCUUGCAAUUUUAAACAAAGACGAUCCUCACUGGUGGCAGGCUAAAGUUUAUGACACGGCAAAAGUAGGAUUAAUACCGAGCACUAAAACAAGAGAAAGGUUUGAGUACAGGAGUACUUUAACGAUGAAAGAUACUGAUAAACGUAUCAAAAGAAGAAAGCCCACUGAAGUUGAGUAUUCACCACUCAAUUGUGAAAUUCAAGGUGGUCAUGAAUUAGCAACAUAUGAGGAAGUUGUGAAAAUGAAACCGUUAACAUUACACCCUCGUCCUUUGAUACUAAUUGCUCCUACUUGCCAUCCUUUCUCAAUGAGUGAAGUCAAAUUCAAACUGAUACAAAGUGAUCGUGAUAAAUAUGGACAAGCAAUCAUGAGUACCACACGUCCACCAAAAGAAAAUGAAAUAAAUGGAAGACAUUAUCAUUUUGUACAAAAAGAGGAAUUCUUAAGGUCUCUUCAAUCAAAACAGAUGCUUGAUCACAUGGAAUAUGCUGGGCAACACAUUGGUCUCUCUAUCAACACUAUCAGGACAGUGAUGACAUCAGGGAAAACCUGUGUACUAACAUUAUCUCCCAAGACUUUAAAAAUAGUACAUUACAUUGCUGAGCUAAAACCGUAUGUUAUAUUCUUUGCUGCACCAAGAAGAUCAAAUGCUUGGCUUAAUGUUGGAUUAGUGCAAGAGCAAAAAGACAUUAAGAGAGCACAGCAAGAAUCGGAUGAGAUGGAAGCUAGAUACGGUCAAUACUUUGACAAGACAAUUGAAUACGUAAAUGUAGAGCAAGCCUUCAUUGCAACCCAAAGGACAGUGGCAGAAGAAUUGCUCUCAAAACCACAAUGGGUACCCUCUGUGUGGUCAGCUUGACUAUUGUACAAAAUACUCAAAACAGUUAAUAACAUAAAAUGAUAAAAGUGAUUAAUUAUUUAAUGUCCAACUUUGAUAUAUCUAUUAAAUGUC